AUGAACAACCAGUUUCAUUCAAGUUUAUCAACGUACACGAGACCCGAUUUGUUUCCUACCGAAGACGAUGAUGAUGAGAUUUUUGGCAUCAUGGCCGAAUGUGUUGAUUUUCUUAAACAAGGUGAAUCAUCAAGACCAUUCAUACCUCGUAUGGUCGUCGACAGAGAUCGACAUGGUGCUGACGAGCGCCUAAUGGCAACUUACUUUAACGAAAACCCAAAGUAUUCGUUGAAGAGUUUUAGGCGACGAUUCUGUAUGUCUAGACCUAUGUUCAUGCGCAUUGUGAACUACAUAAUAUCAUACCCAUCUCGCAAUCCAGGUUCUGUGCCUUUGCAUUUUAAAAGAAUGCAAAACAAGCAGCUUGAUGCCCGAGGAAAGCCUGGUUUCAGCACCAUCCAAAAGUGUGUAUGCGCCAUACGUCAAUUGGCGUAUGGCUACAAUCCCAACUCGUUUGACGAGUAUCUACAGAUGGGUGAAGAAACAACAAGGUGUUAUCUAGACUAUUACUGUAAGUGUGUGUUCGAACUUUACAGGGAUAAAUAUUUGCACAGACCAACACCGGAGGACAUAAAACGCUUGUACGCUCGACAUGAAGAGCUUCAUGGCUUCCCAGGCAUGCUUGGAAGCAUUGAUUGCAUGCACUGGCCUUGGAAGAACUGUCCCAAGGCAUGA